UCUAAAACCCUCCCAACUAGCAGCAAAAGCAUCGGCGCGUGUUAAAUCUCUCCGGCUGCUAACCGCCCACACCUCAACUCCCUCCCCGGCGACUAAACUCCACGCGCCAUAUUCCCCACUUUAGCAAACUCUUCAAAUCCCAUAAUCAAAACUCCGCGCCACUAAACCCUCUACAAACCUUACUCCCCCGUGGAGACCACGCUCCAAACUCUCUCGUUUCCAAUUGGUCAUUGCUUGCCACGCACAAGCCUCACGCGUGAGUUCAGCACUGCUGAUUUUUGUCAUAAUGCUUCGCCAACACGACUCUUUUAAACACGAAUGCAUGUGAACCGUACACCUGUAAGAUAAGGGGUAUAGUUUUGAGGGUCGUUUUUUUUUUAGAGAGAGAAUUUUUUCUAGAGAGAGAAAGAGCGUAAAAGGAGAUCUGAUCGAUUCGGUUCCAGAUUAGAGAGGAGAAAAAAAGAAGAAGAAAGAAAGGUGAAGGAAAAGCUCGAAACCCUAACCCUAAAAAGAUCGUAUCUUUCUCUAAUAUGAGCCUGUGUAUAUAGUAGUAGAUAGAUAUAGAUAGAUGGUUAUCUAUUUGCUGUUUGUGUAUAUUUAGUUUUUGAUUAGAGUGGUAGAUCGUGAAAAUUUCGAGCUCUGGUUUAGGCUUUUGUUUGGUGGUUUCUGUUGUGUCUGUUUUUGCCCUAAUUCAGCUGUGAUUUUGGGGCAAAAUUAGGGUUUUGGUGUGGUGGUCAGACAGGGAGGUGAAAAACCCUAGUAUUGGGAUUUGAAGAGAAGUUAGGGUUUUGAAGUUACAUGUAUGGCUUCGGGGACUAUAGUUGGCGAAGGAGGUGUAAAUAAUAAUGAUGGAGCAGCUACAAGAGAGAAACAGAGGUAUAGUGAGAGUAAAGUUUAUACAAGGAAAGCUUUUAAAGGACCUAAAAAUAACAUCAAUAAUAUCAACACCACCACCACCACCACCACCGUGAACCCUGCCCCUCCCACCACCACCGCCACCUUGAACCCUGCCCCUCCCACCACCACCGCCACCUUGAACCCUGCCCCUCCCACCACCACAGCGAGCGCUGCCAGUCCCACCAUCACCACCACCGCUAACGCUGCUAGUAUCACCACCACCACCGCCACAGCCACUGCUGCUCUCACCACCACCACAGCCACCGCUAACAACGCCACUGUGGACCUAAGCAUUACGAACACAACAAUUACUACCACUGAAACUGCGAGUGCUGCCAACUGCGACGACAAUAGGGACAAUGAGAAAAAUAAGAUAAAUAAGGAUGAGAGGAACAACAAGAGCAAUUCAAUUCAAGUGCCAGAAUCGCAAACCCCGGCUUUGGAAGACACGAAUUCUGCCCAGCAGCAGCCUGUUUCUCGCCUGGAAGCUAAUUCGGAUGACUCUUCUAGCCUUAAUAGGCAGCAAGGUGCAGCGGAGGUGGCUCCUAGUGGCCGGGAUGCAACUGCUGAGAAUGGGGUGGUGAAGCAAGGCUUGAAUGAUAAAGUGAAGAUAAAUUUGGCGUCCAAGUCUAAGCAGGAGAUGAAAGAGCUUAGAAGGAAGUUGGAGAGUGAACUUGAUAUGGUAAGGAGUCUGGUGAAGAAGAUUGAAGCUAAAGAAGUGCAGCUUGGUGUCAGUGAGUUAAGCAAUUUGCAAGUAUCUCUGAAUGACCGGGUAUAUAACGGAUUAAAGAGGGUUAAUUCAGAGGUUGUUUCUGUAGGUCUUUCUCAUGAUAUUACUACUCCUAUUGCUACUCCUACUCCUAGGCAGUCUAGGCCUCUGAAUCAGCUUAGUAUAUCAGUGUUCGAGAAUAGCCAGGGCGCAGUUGAGAAUGUGGAGAAAGAGAAAAGGACGCCAAAGGCAAAUCAGUUCUACAGGAAUUCAGAGUUUCUGUUGGCAAAAGACAAGUUUCCACCAGCAGAGAGUAACAAGAAGUCUAAAUUGAAUGGGAAGAAGCAAGGGGGAGGGGAUAUGGGAUUUGGGUUUGGAGCGGCAUCUAAGAUUUUCAAGAACUGUAGUGCUUUGCUUGAGAAAUUGAUGAAGCAUAAAUACGGUUGGGUGUUUAAAUCUCCUGUGGAUGUAAAGGGACUUGGUUUGCAUGAUUACUUUACCAUAAUCAAGCAUCCUAUGGACUUGGGUACUGUGAAGACGAGGCUGAACAAGAAUUGGUACAAGUCACCUGAAGAGUUCGCAGAGGAUGUCAGACUAACAUUUCAUAAUGCUAUGAGGUAUAAUCCAAAGGGGCAAGAUGUUCACGUGAUGGCAGAGAUACUAUUGAAGCUAUUUGAAGACAGGUGGGUGGUUAUAAAAUCAGAGUUUGAUCGGGAGAUGAGGUUUGUUGUUGGUUGUGGUAUUGGUAUUCCUACACCAACAUCAAGAAAAGCUCCACUACCACCCCCUCCUCUUGAUAUGAGGAGAAUUUUGGAUAGAUCAGAUUCAAUGAGGUAUCAACCUAUUGAUCCCAGAUCAAAACCUAUUAGUACGACUCCUUCAGGGAGGACCCCUGCUCCAAAAAAGCCUAAGGCAAAGGAUCCACACAAGAGGGACAUGACUUAUGAUGAGAAACAGAAGCUUAGCACAAAUCUUCAGAGUUUACCUUCAGAGAAGCUGGACAAUAUUGUCCAGAUAAUAAAGAAGAGAAAUUCAUCUCUUAGCCAACAUGAUGAUGAAAUUGAAGUGGAUAUUGACAGUGUUGAUGCGGAGACCCUUUGGGAACUGGAUAGAUUUGUUACCAACUACAAGAAGAGUUUAAGCAAGAACAAGAGAAAAGCUGAACUUGCCAGUCAAGCCAGAGCAGAAGCUGAGCGGAAUGUCCAGGAGAAGUCUUUGCAGACACCGGCAGCGGUAGUGGCACCACCACAAGGAACUAAAACAGCAGAUGAAAGGAAUGUGUCCACUUCAUCACCUGUUCAAGUGGAGAACCAGGGAGAUAAUGGAACUAGAUCAAGUAGUUCAAGCAGCUCUAGCAGUGAUUCUGGUUCUUCAAGUGACUCUGAUAGUGACAGCUCCUCAACAUCUGAAUCUGAUGUAGGGCCUUAACCAAGGAGUUGAGUAGUUAUGUUCCCAGAAAAACUUAGAGUAGAUGGUGAUCUGAUGGAACACAGGUCAUAUGAUGAUUUUCCCCGUGGAAUCUGCAAUUGGUGUACAGUUUGGAGAGGCCAGCUAUUAUUGUGCGACUGCAGAGGGUUGGGGGCGGGGUCUCUGUAUUGGGAUUGGCUUCUUGAAUCUACAAGUGGCUUAAUUUGUUUAGUCAGAAAUUUGUAUAAUAUUUUGGUAGGGGAUGUGGCGAUGAUUAGAUACAAGAGCAGAUGGUUUGUUUUCUGUAGCACGUGUACAUGGCUAACUAAUGCUACUCAUGUUAGUUUCUCCGAUAACUUUGUUGUUGAUUAUCUCCUUGCAGAUUCAGGAUUCUUUGGUGUUAUACAAAAGAUAAUCUGUAAUUCAAGCUCAUCAAGUGAUACGUAACGUAACAUUAUCUUCA